AUGAAUUCGUUCGUUAAGACACAGUCGAAUGCACGAAAGAAGAAGUGUGUGCACUUCGAUGAACUCGGGACGGAACAAACACCGCGGUUCCCCGGCUCACCGGACGGCCUGGUGACGGAGAGCCGUGCUGACCGACCUCGAUCACCCCCGGCGUUGGGUUUAGAACCAACGGUGGGAUUAGAACCAACGGUGGGAUUAGAACCACCGUUGGGUUUGGAACCAGCGUUGGGUUUGGAGUCGGAGGAAACGAGUCUGGUCACAGAAGAUGUGUCCUGGUAUGGCCAGCUGGGCUCCAGUGGGCAGCCGGCGUUGCACUGGAGCCUGCCGUUCGAACCACUGCCGGAGCUACGAGAAAGUUUCCUGGAUAGCGAAAUCCACGAGUACAUGCCCAGCAGCCUAUCGGAACACAGCUCCGCAGGUUACCCCGACCGGGGCGGUCGUAGGCGCGACGACUGCCGACCCGUCCGGCUCCUGAGCGAGUCUGAGAUAUCUGCCAGCCCCGAUGCCGGUGUGCAGCUUUCCAGGUCGCCUCGAGAUGGUCUAGCCGGAGAACCUGGAACGACGGGAGAGCGUGGAACGACUGGAGAUCGUGGAACGACUGGAGAUCAUGGGACGACUGGAGAUCGUGGGACGACUGGAGAUCGUGGGACGACUGGAGAUCGUGGCACGACUGGAGAUUGUGGCACGACUGGAGAUCGUGGCACGAGUGGAGAUCGUGGCACGAGUGGAGAUGCUGGGACCGCGGGGUCUCCACUGGAGACCCCUCCACUGGAGGGCGAGGAGAGGCGCCAUGGCGGGGAGACAUGUCAGGGCGAGGAGAAGACGGCUUCGGAGCAAGCACUUUGCAAUGGAGACACUGCUGCGGAGAGACGGGGGCUGGUCGACGGUCGGUGCCUGCACACUUUCCGACCGGUGGUCUGUGAGACGCCUCCACGUGCUCCGCGUGUGAGCAAAUUAGAUUUCUCUUUCCUGGAGCCGCCUUCACCGAUUCCGGUGCGUUCCGUGAUGCUUACGAAUAAGCACCGAGCGCGUCUUUCCAACAACGGCGGCGGAAUUCGUGACCGCGAAAGCGCGGUAGAAGAUGAGGGGGUGGAAGAUGAGACUGGGACUGCGGAAGCUAGAGCUGGGGAAGUUAAGGUGGUGGGAGAUCCGAUCGCGGCGCUCUCAGGCGGUUCGGCAGGGAUCAUUGACCUUGCAGGGAUCAUUGACCCUGCAGGGAUUAGUGGCCAUCCUGCAGGGAUUGGUAGUCAGCGUACAGGAGACUAUGGUUAUGCUAGUUUCGUCGGCAGGGCGACUGCGUAUGACCAAGGGCUGGAGGAUUUUCUGUCCGUGAUUGGACAGCGAGCAGUCUGGCAGGAGAUGGUACAGGUGUCUCUGCUGUUGUCGCAACAGCCUGCCCGGACGGUAGAUCAGCUGGUUCAGUCGGGUCAGACGUGGGACGUCGACUUGAACAAGGCCUGUGGCGUGGAGAUGAAGGACGAAUCCGUGCUGCUGGAGGUAGUGGGCAACCUGCCUUAUUUGACCGCUCGAGAAAUUAAUGAACGCCGAUGCCAGAGAUAUAAUGACAAACUGAAAACAUGUUUGAAUAGAUUUUCAUUUGACAAAUUAAGUUAUAAAGUUGAUUUGUGGACUCUGAAUUCAAUCGACCGGAAUGUCGCUGACGGACAAAUAAACAAGUUUAUCCAAGCGAGAAAGCGCAUUGCGGCCUAUGCAGCGGAGCGCCAAUGGCAGCAAGAAUUCCUCGCUCAGCUUUCCAAGGAUAUUGUCAAGAUGACUCUCGUCCACGUCAAAAACGUCAAGACUACCUUGGAACAGUCAUUGGCUGAGCUGAAAAGUAGACAGGACGAGUUGGAGGAGAUAAAAAAAAUUAUUGACCAUGAUAAAGCGCGAAAGCACACACGUGCGGAGAUUGUCGAACGCUGGAAACAAUCAUUAAUCUACUACACCGAUAUCAAGGGAGAGACUUUGCGGCGAGAGCAGUUGAUUAAGGAGCGCAUAGGAACAUGGCAUGAAGAGAACAGGAAAUUAUUGGCGGACCUAGAGCUCGAAAAACAAAAGAAGGACCAGGAGAUCGCGCGAAAAGAAAGGUUAAAAAACAUUGUCUACGCUCUGAAUGUAUAUCGUGAACGGUGUCUGCUGGUUGAUGAAUGGGCGCCCGGUAAGUUAUCGGUUGACGCACAGCAAGGCAAAGUGACAUUGAGUUUUCAAACUUUAAGUUCACUGGCUUUUACGAACCCGGUUUUUCUGGUGGAUUCUGUGCUGUGGUUGAACGGCCAAGAGAACAAUGCGCAGACGGCGGUAUUGCGAAGGAAGGUUCUUGAGGGUAAAAGGCAUCAGGCGCCGUUGGACGCGGUGCUGGCGCUAUUGCCGCCUUGGAGCCUGGAGUUGCACCUGCAGCCGCAACAGGCCCCGCAGGUGACUGCUCUGCGGGUGGGUGAUCAUGACCUGCUGUGGUGUGCGCUCCCUGCCAUGCUCACGACGCUGGGUUCGGGUACAGAAAUCGCCACCACACCUAAUGACGCCGGAGAGAAACCGACACUCGUUCCGUUCGUCGGCAGCCGCCAGGAGGAGUUGUCGACGCUGAUGAUCGCUGAGUUGUGUACAUUGAUGGUGGCGCUGCUCAUCUGUCUGGGUGCUGCUUGCCGCCAGAUGUUGGUUAAAGCUGCCGCCCAACUCCAACUAGGCGCCGGCGUCGACGAUGUGGGCGGCGUUGGCUGGGCACUGGUAAACAACGUACAAAGACUUGCUCUCGAACUCGUUGGUAUCUGGUGGGAACACAGCGCCCAUCGCAGCUGCACAGGCACUGUAGCCAUCGCGCCACCCACCGUACCCGACUCUACCAAAUUACGGUUCUGCUUUUGGCAAGACGCCGAUGACAAACCACCCAAAUUACUACUCAGACUACCCCUCGCCACACGCACUCGGCUGCUUGUCCUUACCCUCCGUUUCGACGUCUGUGCAGCAAUACAAGCUGGCACACUCGCCAGCGGCUUCGAAGCCAUGGACAAUCUACCAGACGAGGAACUCGCUCUUUUCAAAAUCGAACUCAGACAUCAUAGAUCCGACCAUCUACUCAACUCGCAACUCACCGUAACCAUCCCCAGCUACGCUCUCCCCCCCCCUCCCGAUCUGACGCCCCCCCUCCCGAUCUGA